AUGAGCGACACGAAGUGGGGCUUCGACACGAACUACGGUCAUCGGACGUUGCCCUUCAAAUGGCAAUCUUCUAACGGCUUCCACUUCUAUGAGGACAGCCCCCUCACAAAGAAGAACUUCCGCCCAGCGCACUUGCCAGCACUCAGAUCCGACUUCCUCCCAAUGGGCACCCAUUAUGGGGAGAGAUCGCAGAACCCUCGCUGGGCAAUGUCCAGCUAUGGAUGUCACAGGAACCUUGUUUGGGAUGACUCGCUUCGAAUGCCUCGCAAUCCAUUUCCCGGGAAGCCAUCCAGAGAGAUGUCGUACAUCAAGGAGCCCUCGCCCGAAGGCCUUGUCUCGACGCCUCGCCGCUUGGCGCAGUGGGACAUGCAGCGACUGGCGCGUGGAUCCGGGACACCUCUGAAGAAGCCGAUGACGCCAUUGCUUCCAGGCUUGCCGGAAGUGAAAAAGCUCGCCAUGCAAGCAGAGCAGGAACUGUCCACCGCCCUUGACAAACUUCAGGAGGAGAUCCCUGCCUCCGUGGAUCCACCAAAACGCAUCCCACCGAGUGAGAGCAUUUUUGCUUGA